ACAAUAAAAUAUAAAUGUGAACAAACAAAAAUAUAAUGUUAGCAAAAUAUUAAUAAUCUUUAAAUUAAUUUCACCUUAAAAUGCACCAGAAUGCACGAAUAUGAAUUGAAAAAUCAAAAUUUCCCAGGGGAGGGCCCCCGGACCCCCCUCUUUGUGCAAGCACCUAUGGUGCUUGCAGCGGCUGCUGGGCUCACGCUAGCCACUCGCAUGUCCGCAAAUUGCGAAGUUUUAUUCCAAUUUGCGAAAAGAAAAUCAUCUGUAUUCGCAUUUUAUGCGAAAGUCAUUUAAAGUUUAAGCAAAAUCCAUCAAACAAUUGCGAUUUCUCAAGAUAAACAGUACCUUUCAGGGCCUGAAUUAGGGCGCGGGAUUGCGGGUAUUGCGCAUAUUUUUUUAAUUCCCGCACCUUUAACGAUUCUAAUGCGAGAGAUUCCCGCACACAUUACUGCAUUGCCUGACAACGUCAAUCUAAUAAUGGAUCAGUGUGAAUGCGCGACUACCUUCUGUUCUCAAGGUUACUUGAAUUUAACCCUCCUUUUACUGACUGACCCCCCUCUCCCCCCGUAGCCUACUCAGAAAAAAAAAACAGCAGACACAGACAGUUCACACACACACAGAUACAGCGCGCGCACUCUUCCUCUCUCGGACUUUCACUGUAAAACACAUGGACCGCUGGCUAAAACGUACAAGUGCAGUGGCAGAAGUUUCCCCUGCUAAGAGGAAAACUCCUGAAUCCGAUGGUGGUAGCAGUGUGAGUGAUACCAUUGAGAAUACUGCUGAGAAUACACAGGACGAGACAGCUAACAUUAACGUCGACGUUGCAAAGGGGAUUAGAUCAGAGCAUGGCUAUAAGAAAAAAGUAUUUACAAGGAAAAGCAAAGGACACUGAUGCUGACAAAAGGGAUGACCACUAGGAGAAAGAGUAGGAAAGACUACAUAUGUACAAGAAUCCUGCACUCAGCAAAGAUGAAUUGUUCAGUGUUGAGAACAAUUUGAUUUUUUUUAAAUUAAAGAUGGCAUAUGACACAGGAGACAGGGCUAUAUGGUAUAAGAGAAUCCUGAAAAGUCAACAAAGACUGUUGUCAUGUUAACAUUCUAUAUGUGGACUGAAACAAAGUUUGUAAAUUCAUUCAGUGUUUAGAACAGUUUGAUAGUGUUUUCUUAUUUUAAUUGUAGACAUUAAACAGAGGACAGGGAUGAUCAGAUCAGACAUGAGAAUAGAAAAAUGAUAUAAAAGUUGAUAAAAAAGAUAUAAAAAUGUUAUAAAAGGAAAAAGCAAAGGUCACUGGUUUAAAGAGAUGGCCACUAAAAGAAGAGACACAAACAUAGUUAAGAGAAUCCUGAAAAGUCAGCAGACUGGUUUAAGUUAGACUUGUGUCAAUAAAUUCGUUGAGUGCUAUUAAGAACAGACUGAUUUUUUUCUUUUUUUUAUAAUUAAACGAAGCAGUGACACUUAAAGAAUACUGCAUGAAGAUGAGGAAGAAGCAGCUGUGUAAAGCAACACUAAGGAGGUUGUAAAAUUAGCUUAACUACUGUAAAAGGCACACAACCUUCCAAACUCUUCCUAGAGCCUUACUCACACUGCUAGAAAAAGGCUAUUGGUGUUUGAUGGCAUAACAGUCAGUCAGCAAUGUCAUGCUGUAAAGGAUCUCUUUCAUUUUGUGGUGGUUUUCUACCCUCCACCCAAAACUGAACAGUCCAUAUCUUAGACGGCUGGUGGGAAUAAUACUUGCAUUUAUCCACCCUUUGUCUGACAAUGCUAUCCAAAUUUGGAGAUAUCAAAAUGAAAAGUCUACUAAAAAGGAUACCUCAAAUGGUGACAAAAGGUUACAUACUGUAGAGAUCUUCAAUCUGAGUAGUGGCAGAAGGUAAGACCUAAGCUAUUUAAGCCCACAAGUAGCGUUCCCCACAAACUGUAUAAAUCCCCCCCAAACUGUGUAAAUCCCCCCCAUUUGAGUCACUGAGGGGGGGAAUUCCCCCCCCCCCCAUUCUGAAAAAUGAAAUUCAGGCCCUGCCUUUCGUGUCCAUCUUCGAUGUUUUGAUUUAUAACCAACGCCCCCGAGUUUCAAAGCUUCUUAUUGGUUGACCGCAAAUUACGUCUUCCAAUAGCAUCGGACCUUACAUAUAAAAUGAUCAAUUUCCGAGUUGCACUGAUAAUGUCGCCAAUUCUCGCUCAUUAGUGAACAAGAUUAUAGCGAGGUUUGUUGAAAAUAAAUUAUCCGACUUUAUGUAUGGCAAAAACUUAUCUAAAAAGUGAGAUAACAUAUUAGAAUAUUCUGUUAGCUUUCUCAGUUAGGGAUAAAAACAUGAUAUAACCAUUCUAAAGACGUAUUUUCUCCAUAUCAACCCUGACAGAACUUUGGAAGAACUCACAGAUGAACCAGGAUAUAUCGACCAAGUGUACCUUGUUUUCAGAGCGUUUUGACGCACAUGGUUCAAAGUUUUGACUGCAAGUUUCACUUGAGAAAUUAAUGGUGAAUAUCAUUAUAUUUGGGUUAUGAGAUUAAUUUAUAAGAAACAACCAUUGAUUUUAACUCCCUGAGCUCCCUUCAUCCUACCCAUAAAGACACCCCCCUCCCCCUAAACACACACACAUGGAUCCCAAUUAUACACACACACACACACAUACCCACACAGGCCAGUCAGCAUACUAUAGAGGGUGACUAAGGGCUAAAAGGUGCAUAGAUAGCAAAGAAUGCAAAGCACAUCACACCAGAUGUUAGAUAUAAUAUAAUGAAAUAUAUGGACUCUGUAAACCAGAUUAAGCAGGUUAAAUUAAACACACAAUUUCAUUACAUAUAUACAAUUGAUGAAAUGAUCAAAAUAAGAGGAUUCAAGAAUAAAUAAGCAUGCUAUGAACAUAAAUCAAGAACAUGGAAAGACAAAGGCAGGAAACAAGCUUGCAAACACUAUUGAAACACCAACAAACUACAAUAACAAUUCAUUUUUCAAUAUUAUGUCAGUGCAAGAAACAUUUAGAAGUAUAACAUAUCUUGCUAAAAAAAUUACUUUGCUAAAAAGAAAAUUGUUCUUUUAGCAUUUCUUGCUAAGCGAAAUUGCAAAUUGCUAAAGAAAAAUUUGAGUCUUUAGCACUUUUUGCUAAAACAAUUUGGGUCCUAGAGUGAGCACAGGGCUGCCUACGGCAGCUGUGGUUCGGGUACCGCGCGCAUUCGGGCCACCACAUUUUCCAUUUGGGCCAGUAACUUUUCAAUUCCACUGGCCCACUGGGCCACCAGUGGUAAAUGCUUAAUGUCUAGGCCUGCAUUUCACUCGCAUUUGCGAGCGAAUUUUUCAGCAUGCGAACGAUGAAAAAAAACAGCGCACAUUCGUGCAAGGGUUUCUUGCGGCCGACAAUUUAGGAAAGCACUGAGCACAGACGCGACAAGUUUAACAUUCUAAAAUGUAUCAAAUGUUAAACUGCAAAGUAUGUAAAUCCAGCGCUGGAUAGCCUACCUAAUAUCAUUUUUUACACUAGGGACAAGAAAAUUACAUCAAUGUGUUCAUCAGAGCCUUGUAGUGCUCAAUGUGAAAGAAUUUUGUGAAUAUCUCAUUCCGUUUUCGUGUAAAUCCCCGUUGUUUGGAGGGAGCACUCUGAGAAAAUCCUUCACUUUCUGUGUGACACUCUGUGUCUCUGCUCUCAGCGCGCGGCUGCUCGCUCACUCUCUCACACACACGCGCACACACACACACACACACAGAGGAGGGAGGGGCUGCUCCUUCUCAGAGAGACACAGGCUUGUAGCCUCAUGGCAGUGUAACGAGUAACGGCCUGUAUUGUUGUGUGUGUGUGUUCAGUGUUGUGUGCGUGUGUGUGUUCUGCCUGCGCCUUGCUCCCUGUCUGUAGUUGCGUGCAUUGCCUCUGUCUUGCACUGCGGUGGUUCCCACGGUAGCCGGGGGGGGGGUGGAAAAAGUUAAAUUUUUUUUGCCAUUCUGCCAUGCUAGUGCAUUUUACCGGGACAUGAGAUUUCAGCAUUUUUAUUCUUCUCGGUCUGUAGCUUGAAUAAGUGUAGGCUACUGAAUAACACUUUCAGUUAAAGUUGAGUCUUGUGCUUUUGUGUUGAUGCUACAAUAGCCUACUAUUACAAUAAAUAUCCCCCGUAACAUUUCCCGUUUUCUACUCCUCUUUCUGUGAUUGCCCCUCUUUCCCACGGUUGUAUGUUGUGGGUGUGGCAUUAGGUGGGAAAAGUGCUUUUUAGGGAUUCAUCAGAUCAUUCAACUGAGAGAUAACUGAGAGCUGGUUCGGACCGAGCUGAGAAAUAUAUUCGCUAUGCAGAGAAUAAUGGCUUUUUUUAAAAGCAAUGAUGGUGGAAACAAGAAUAAAAGCACGGACGAGGAAGAAAGUGUAGUGAAGAAAGCUAGAUCGACAUGAGAAGGUGCAGGAAAAUUAUAUAAUGAAAUGGAAAGCACACACCCCAGUGCAAACAUUUAGAUGGUAACAUACAACACAGCAGAAAAACAAAUAAUAUACAGUAUAUACCAUAGGUGGCCAGCUCGCGAGCCGCAUGCGGCUCUUUGCCUGGUGUCAUGCGGCUCUCACCUUCACGUCCAAGUUGGUGUUCGUUUGUGGUUUUAUGUGCGUUUUCGCUUCACUGCAGUUAAUUACGGUAAUUUUAUUAAAGGUGCUUCGCUUGGUUUCAUUACGGUAUUUUCACAUCAUGACAAAUGUGCGGGUGCGUGAGAUGAUAUGCUAAAUUUCAGAUCGCAAAAUGGCAGGGAAAAAAUGCACUUCAAAAAGAAAAUAUGAAGAUGAAAACAGGACGUUUUUAACAGAGUGGGAGGAUUUAUAUUUUUUGUUGAACGUUAUGGCAAGCCAUUCUGCCUUCUAUGUCAGUCGUCAUUGUCGCAUUUCAAGGCUUCAAAUCUUCAGCGUCACUUCAGCUCACUACAUGCUAAAAUCGACCAGGACUUUCCGAAAGGGAGUGAACUUCGUAAACACAAGUUAAUCACGUUAAAAAGUCAAUCACAAAAGCAGGUACAGCUCUUCAAAAAAUUUACAAAACAAUCAGAGACAGUAACACAUGCAUCGUAUAAACUGGCUUGGAACAUUGCUCGGGCUAAAAAGCCAUACAAUGAAGGGGAGUUCAUUAAAAAAUACAUAACUGACGCUGUUGAAAUCUUGUGUCCUGAAAACGACCAACUAAAACGCAUGGCAUCGGACCUCCAACUGUCCCGCCACACGGUAGAGCACAGAAUAUCAGACAUUAACACAUCUGUUGAAUCUAAGUUGCACUCUGAUCUUCAAGCAUGCGAGUAUUUCAGUGUGGCGUUGGAUGAGAGUUGUGACAUAGAAGACAAGCCUCAGUUGGCAAUAUUUGCACGUUCUGUGUCAAAGGAGUGUGAAAUCAAAGAGGAACUCCUGGAUAUCGUGCCACUGAAAGACCGAACCCGUGGCAUAGAUGUUAAAGAAACGAUGAUGACUGUAUUUGAGAAAGCAAAUCUGCCCCUAAGUAAAUUAACCGCAAUAGCCACUGACGGUGCACCAUCCAUGAUCGGAUCUGUGAACGGGCUCGUGGGGCUGUGCAAAGCCGACGAAACAUUUCCCGAUUUUUGGAAUUUCCACUGCAUCAUCCACAGGGAGCAACUCGUGUCUAAAUCGUUGAAUUUAGACAACAUCAUGAAACCUGUGAUGGAAAUCGUCAACUACAUCCGUACACAUGCUCUCAACCACAGGCAAUUCAAGAAUUUCAUCGCUGAGCUGGACCAAGAGCUUCCAGAUGACCUGCCACUGCACUGCACCGUGAGGUGGCUGUCAAGGGGAAAGGUACUCUCUCGCUGCUUUGAACUUUUGGAUGCCAUGAAGCUCUUCAUGGAAGAAAAGAAUAAGAACUACCCACAGCUCUCGGACCCCAAAUGGAUUAUGGACUUGGCCUUUUUGGUCGACAUGCUGGGCCACUUGGAUAGACUGAAUCUUACCCUGCAGGGUAAAAUGAAAGUGCUGCCUGAUUUGGUGCAAAGUGUGUUUGCGUUUGUCAACAAGCUGAAACUGUUUAAAGCGCAUCUUCAAAAGGGAGAUUUAGCGCAUUUCCCCACUCUGCUAAAAGUUAGUGGGCAAGUCACCAGUGCCACCCUGAACAAGCAAGGAGCCAGAUAUGCAACACUGGUUGAACACCUGCACGAGACCUUUGUGAUCCGGUUCCGUGACCUACAACUGAAACGGCCACAAAUCACGUUCCUCGUCGACCCAUUUAAUGCGGAUACGGACUGUUUGAAAGCCCCGCUAGUCGCAGAUGAGGCUGCUGCUGAGUUAGAGAUGAUUGAUUUCGCCGAGGAGGACCAACUGAAACCUGCUUUAAGGGAAGAGACCAUUGCGUUCUGGAAAAGUGUGUCAAUGGAAAAAUACCCCAAUGUCAAAAGGGCUGCACUGAAAAUUCUAUCAAUGUUUGGCUCAACCUAUGUCUGCGAGUCAGUAUUUUCCACCAUGAAGUACGUGAAAUCAAAGCACCGUUCUGUUCUGACCAACACUCAUCUCAAAGAACUGUUACGAGUGGCAACAACAGACUACGAGCCAGAUUUGAGGAGGAUUGUUGAGGGGAAGGAAUGCCAGAAGUCCCACUAAGCAACAUUAAUAGAUGUUUCUCUUCACCAUGUCUUGGCCACCCUGUCCAUGGAAAGGAGGAUUGUGACAGAGAUGACCGACUUUAAUAUGAAAAUCAUCGAAAAAUUUGCCAAUUUAAAGGACAGAAGGGCUUAAUUCCCCUACAAGUAGCACUUCUGCUGCUGUGUGUGUAUAUGUGUGUACAUUUGAGUAUGUAAAUGUGUGCUGAUGUGAAUUCAGAUACACUACAGGCCAAAAGUUUGAACAUACCUUCUCAUUGAAGUAGCGGGUGACCGUUUGUGAUGCUAGCUGCGUGUGUGAGUAUUGUACUAUCCCUGCUGCUGAGGCUUGGGAUACGCGCUGGGCGCGCAAGCCUGAGUAGUGGGUGAGUUCUUGUGGAUUUAACUGUGUGUGUGAGUUUCAUACCAUCCCUGCUGCUGAGGCUUGGGAUACACGCUGGGCGCGCAAGCCUGAGUAGUGGGUGAGUUCUUGUGGAUUUAACUGUGUGAGUUUCAUACCAUCCCUGCGGCUGAGGCUUGGGAUACGCGCUGGGCGCGCAAGCCUGGGUAGUGGGUGAGUGCUCAUUCAGUUUUGAUGCCUUGAGUGAGAGUAUACUGUAAGUGGAAAUUGUCAUGAGAACACAGAACACAUUGAAUGAGAAGGUGUGUCCAAACUUUUGCCAUGUAGUGUAGUUUUUAACAGAGUGUGAGAAUUUAUAUUUUUUCGUUGAACGUUAUGGCAAGCCAUUCUGCCUUCUAUGUCAGUUGUCAUUGUCGCAUUUCAAGGGUUCAAAUCUUCAGCGUCUCUUCACUCCCUUUUGGAAACUCCUGGUCGAUUUUAGCAUGUAGUGAGCUGAACUUCAUAAGCACAGGGCUUGGGAUAUGCGCUGGGCCUGCAAGCCUGAGUAAUGGGUGAGUUCUUGUGGAUUUAACUGUGUGUGUGAGUUUCAUACCAUCCCUGCUGCUGAGGCUUGGGAUACGCACUGGGCGCGCAAGCCUGAGUAGUGGGCGAGUGCUCAUUCAGUUUUGAUGCCUUGAGUGAGAGUAGAGUAUACUGUAAGUGUAAAUAGUCAUGAGAACACAGAACUCAUUGAAUGAGAAGGUGUGUCCAAACUUUUGGCAUGUAGUGUAUAUACAUUAUGUAUUUGUUCAUUUGUUUUCCAGUUAUCAAUUUGUGUGUGCGUGUGUUCUUCUUUCAAAAAUUUGAGCAUUGUAUUAUAUUUUAUCUAUAUUUGCACUUGCACUGAUCACUGUUCCCAGUGCCUAUGGAGCUUGUACUGUUUGAGGAAAUUAAA